UGAUAAAACAGAAAAAAGGGCUAGUUGAAGCUGAGGAAACUGUAGCAAUAUAAUAGUAGUUUCUUUACUUGUAACCUCUUUUCUCUUUCAAUUCAUCUCCCUCUCUUUUUUCCCCCACACCAUCACUCAAAACAAACAAAGAAAAGAAAACCAAUCAUGAGAAAUACACCACCCCUCCUGCACCAAACUGCACUCCACAAAAGCAUUUUUCUUCCUUAAAUUUACUCUUCUAGCUUCUUCAUAACACCAACACUAACACCACACACAAUUCAAACAUUUCAAAACCAUGAAACAAUUCCAUUUCUUCUUCUUUCUUUUCUUUCUUGGAGGCAUUUCAGCCGCGACAACUCUGCCUCUCCAACUCCUCUCCCUGCUCUCCCUCAAAUCAUCGCUUAUCGACCCUUUGCAUCAUCUGAGUGAUUGGGAUUCUACUUCUAAUCCUGUUUGGUGCAACUGGUCCGGGAUCAAAUGUGACAGACAUAGUCGUAUCGUGUCAAUAGACCUCUCCAACCGCAACCUUUCAGGUACAUUUCCUUCUAAUAUUCGCCAAUUAGGCCACCUCCGUUUCUUGAAUCUCAGCAGCAAUGCUUUCCAAGGGCCUCUUCCGCGAGACAUUUUUGAAUUACCUUCUCUUAUAAGCCUUGACAUUAGUCGCAAUGCUUUCAGUUCUGAAUUCCCCUCUGCCAUAUCAAAACUCAAACACUUGUCCCUUCUAGACGCUUAUAGCAACGAUUUCAACGGUUCUUUACCUCAAGACAUAACCCGCCUCCAGUUCCUCGAGCACCUCAACCUUGGUGGCAGCUACUUCUCUGGCGAGAUUCCACCAAGUUACGGCAGUUUUCCUGCCCUCAAGUUCCUGCACCUCGCAGGAAACUCACUCACUGGCGCAAUCCCGUCAGAAUUAAGCCUUUUGAAGCAACUUGAGAGAAUUGAAAUCGGAUACAAUCGCUUCACUGGAGACCUUCCAGCACAAUUUUCCCUGUUAUCAAAUCUCAACUACCUCGAUAUCUCAUUUUCAAAUCUUUCAGGUGUAAUUCCACCAGCCUUUGGCAACCUGACGAAGCUCGAGUCUCUGUUACUCUUCAAUAACCGCAUUACAGGCAACAUUCCUUCGAGUUUAUCUCAAUUAGCGUCACUAAAAUUUCUUGAUUUAUCUUUUAAUCAGCUUACUGGCAUCAUUCCUAGUGAACUGUCAUUACUUAAGCAAGUAAACACAUUGAAUUUGAUGACAAACAAGCUAACUGGAGAGAUACCAGAGGGCAUAGCUGAUCUUCCUAAUCUAGAAUUUCUAUCUUUAUGGAACAAUUCUCUCACUGGAGUCUUGCCUUGGAAGCUUGGCUCAAAUGGAAUGUUGCAAAAGGUAGACGUCUCGACAAAUUUGCUAUCCGGUCCCAUACCUCCACAUGUUUGUGAUGGCAAUAAACUCACGAAGCUCUUACUCUUUUCAAACAAAUUCUCCGGUCAAUUGCCUUUGUCUAUAGUGAAUUGCACAUCUUUGGCAAGGUUUCGGGUUCAAGACAACAAUCUCAAUGGCUCAUUACCAUUAGGCUUUGGGCGUUCGCCUAAUAUAACGUUCAUGGACGUCAGCAAAAAUAAUUUCAGCGGAUCAAUCCCCAAAGAUCUUAUCGAUGCACCUCAGCUAGAGUACUUGAACAUGUCCAACAAUUUCUUUCACGACGAAUUGCCAGAUAAUAUCUGGAAUUCUCACAGCUUGCAGAUAUUCUCAGCUAGUCACUCAAAUUUGAUUGGAAAAAUACCUGACUUUAUUGGAUGUGAAAAACUCUACAGAAUUGAAUUAGAAGGAAAUGCAUUGACUGGCAGCAUUCCUUGGGACAUUAGUCACUGUCAGAAGCUCAUUGUACUGAAUUUGCGUCGAAAUUCCCUGACAGGAAUCAUUCCCUGGGAGAUUUCAACUCUUCCAUCCAUCACUGAUGUUGAUUUAUCACAUAAUCUUCUGGCAGGGACGAUUCCUUCCAAUUUUGACAAUUGUAGUACACUGGAAAGUUUCAACGUGUCUUAUAAUCAGCUCACGGGUCCAGUGCCAUCAUCAGGAAACAUACUUUCAAUUUUCCAUCCUUCGUCGUUUAUUGGCAAUGAAGGCCUCUGUGGUGGCAUACUUAAGAAUCCCUGCCACACAACUGAUCCUUCUCCGAGAGAUGUAGAAGUGCAGCACAAGCAGCCGAGAAGGACUGCUGGAGCAAUUGUGUGGAUUAUGGCCACAGCAUUUGGCAUUGCUCUGUUCAUGUUAAUCGCGGGAAUAAGGUACUACCAUGCCAGGUAUCACCGCGGAUUUGCAUCAGGUGACAGGGAAAUCGGGCCUUGGAAAUUAACAGCUUUCCAGCGAUUAAAUUUCACCGCAGAUGAUGUUUUGGACUCGUUGUCUAUGACAGAUAAGAUCCUGGGAAUGGGGUCUACUGGGACAGUUUACAAAGCUGAAAUGCCAGGUGGCGAGAUCAUAGCAGUGAAGAAGCUGUGGGGCAAGCAUAAAGAGACAAUCAGACGACGAAGAGGCGUUUUAGCUGAGGUGGAAGUGUUAGGAAACGUGAGGCACAGGAAUAUCGUGAGAUUAUUAGGAUGUUGCAGUAACAGCGAGUGCACAAUGCUGUUAUAUGAGUACAUGCCUAAUGGAAAUCUAGACGAUUUGUUACAUAGUAACAAUAAAGGCGAUAAUCUUGUAGCGGACUGGCUAACUCGCUACAAGAUUGCAAUGGGAGUAGCUCAAGGAAUUUGCUAUCUGCACCAUGACUGUGAUCCAGUAAUUGUUCACCGCGACCUUAAGCCUAGUAACAUUUUAUUGGAUGGUCAGAUGGAAGCCAGAGUCGCGGAUUUUGGAGUGGCUAAGCUGAUCCAGUGCGACGAGUCUAUGUCCGUGAUUGCUGGUUCAUAUGGCUACAUCGCGCCAGAAUAUGCCUACACUUUACAAGUUGAUGAGAAGAGUGACAUCUACAGUUAUGGGGUGGUUUUAAUGGAGAUUUUAAGUGGAAAAAGAUCGGUGAAUGCGGAAUUUGGAGAUGGGAACAGCAUUGUGGAUUGGAUUAGAACAAAGAUCAAAACAAAGGAGGGACUCAGAGAUGUGCUUGAUAAGAAUGCAGGUGCAUCUUGUGCACCUGUAAGAGAGGAGAUGAUGCUGGUGCUGAAGGUUGCCUUGCUUUGCACUAGUCGGAAUCCUGCUGAUCGUCCGCCAAUGAGAGAUGUGGUGUCGAUGCUGUUAGAAGCCAAGCCGAAGAGGAAGUUGCCUGGAAAUGGAGAUUUUGGGGGUGUGAACAAAUUACUGGCUGAUUUUGAUGGACAAAAGUCUGUCACUGAAUGUUGAUAUAUGUUUGAUACAUUUUGAAUAUCUUUUCAUUGUCGUGGGCAUUGGUAUAGGAUUUCACCGUUUUUCAUUGUCAUUUUCUCAAUGUAAUUUAGCUAGUAUCUGUUAAAAACCAGCACUCCUAUAAAUACAUAUGUGCUUGUUGAUAUUA